UUUUUUUCUAUUUUUUUAAAACCAGGAUCAAAACAUGGCAGAGUCCAUGGAAGCGCUGUUGAAUCUCCACGACUCAGACAGCGUUGAUGAUGAAGAGGACAACGAGGCGCGUGUUGACGUUGUUGAAGUGCCCCCAACAAUUACCGUUGCGACACAGGGCAGUGCUUGCGAUGCCGCGUCUGUUGCUGCUUCUGACCUGCCUGUGAAUCAGGAGAAAAUCGCGGAAAACAUCACUGGUUCAGCCGAAGAAAAAGGGAACACAGAAGGUCAAGAAGUGGAGGUCGAAAGGUGUGAUCCAAGCGGAGCUUCGUCCGAAUCACGUGUUGAAACUCGGCAUGUCAGCUCUGUUUCUGAGGUAUCUAUUCAAGAUGCUGGCCCAUCGUGUGGAAACGAAAGUGAAGGAAAAAUUGAAUCCUCAAUAGAACAGGCAAAGAACGUGAAUGCCCAACCAAAGGAAAUGUCAAAACCUGAGGAAGCUGCUAACGGGUCGCUCGCAAACUCCAAAGAUGUUAGCGGAAACGCGUCUGAAGACAACAACUCGAUGCCGAAGAAAAUGCCCGAUGCUACUCAAAAAAAGCGCAGUAGUGACUCGCAAGGUCCUAGUCAGGACACCGCUCACAAUCACGGACCUUUUGGCUUCAAUUUCCAACAUCAGUGGCACCCGUUCAUGGCUGCAGGUCCUCAGCCUCCCCUAUUCAAUCCCCCACCUCCUCAUCCUCACCCUCCUCCGUUCUAUGGCCCUGUGUUCACAUCUGGCCAAACAGCGCCAGUUUUUUUCCCGCCAUCGAUGCCAUAUCACAGCGCCCCAGAUUUGAGGCGUAGUUUCCCGGGCCCAAAUAACUCUCCGGAUAUGCCAAACUCGCAGCCAAUACCCAUGCCGUACCCUCCGUUGUUCCCCAUGCCGCCUCUUUCAUUCCCUUUCAUGCCUACACCACCACCACCACCGCCCCUACCACAGGCUGACAGUGCACCCACUGAAGAAGACGGGCUUCCCCCACCACUUGUUCCCAACCCCACUGAGAGUUCCCUCCAUGCUGCUCUCUUGAGCACCAUCGGCGCCGCUGCCCAGAUGGCCUCAAGUGCCAAAAUUGUUAGUGACCAAAUUUCUGGUGCCUUCAGUGGAAACGCCACGGGUGCUGGCGAUGCACAUGCCCAACAGAGUGCCUCAAACUCUUCAUCUGAGGAACAGGGUAAUGCCGGCCCCAAUUCGCAGGAACAAACUGCAGGGAAUGAGCAGCGUCAGAAUAACCCGUCCUCGUCAAACGGACAGUGGCAGUUUCAGCACGGACCCAACAAGAACGGUGGCUAUGGGUGCUCGUUCUCGAAUGGUCCUGAGGGCAUGAGAGGCCAUUUCUCUGCUCACCAUAACGUCCAUCGUGCCGGUGCAUGUCAUUCUCACCGCCGUCACGCGCCCAACGCCCCCGGUAACCCAGGACGCCCUCCUUUCUGUGGUCGUUUCCACGACCGCUUCCGCCCUCAGGGAUGGCCCUUCGAGCGGGACUUCCUUCGUCCUGGAUUCCGUCAAAAUGUUCGUCUGGGACGCAUGUCUGCAGGUAACGCCGGACGUACUCACAUGUUUGAUGAGAACUUGGAUGAGGACUUCUUCAGAGACGUGCCCAGAAAUGCUGCUGCUGAGAACUCGGAUUCUAAUAACGAAGAUGACGGAGAAGAAAUUCCUACUGGAGGCAAUGCCACAAAAACGGAAACUUUCUCUGGAUUUACUGGAAAUACCAAUGGUACUUCCACCACAACCACUACGGAUGCCACUUCUGGUACCACUGAACAUGUUCAUGUCAACAUAAAUCUUUCUUCAGCAACUGCUGCGUCCGAGUCUGCUGGCGCUACUCGUGCUGAGACGGAGCACGAGUCUGUGCACAGUUUUGGGGCUACUGCUAACGCCACGCCUGGAACUCCUGCCUCUGCCCCAACUGCUGAAGAAAUAUAUGACGGGCACCUGUACUGCCCACUGUGCCCAUACACUCUGGACGCCCGCAGCGGAGCGCUGUUCGACGAGCACAUCGACUCUCACUUGGAGUACAUCUGCCCUGUAUGCAGCACGGCGUUCCAGCGCAGCAAGCAAGCCGAGUACGAGGCUCACGUGAACGAUCAUUUCUCUGAAGAAGAGGCGGCAACCGCGGCCGGUAACGCUCAGAACUCGUCUGGACCUUGGGGCAAUUUCUCGUGGUCUCGCAUGGACUUCGACUAGAAACUCGGGGUCAUUCCGUGACAUGCUAUUACGCUCGAUGAUAUGACGAAAUUUCUCUUCAAAUCAGACCAUAAGUUCAGCCGUGCAAUUAAGCUUUUGUAUCAUCCUACGCACUUUUUGAAAGGAUAAGUUGGAAUCUUCACCGCAAGUCUCCUACGAGAUGAGAUUUGUCUGGGGUAAAAUUUUAGUUGUAUGCGUUAAGUUUAACUUUCUUCUAUAUCGGAAACUGAAGUUUCUAUCUUCAUUACUGCUGAUUGAUUCCCCAUCAGCUUUACUUCUCUUCAAGAGAGCUUUUUGGAGAUUUGAAAGAUUUCUUUUAUGUUCCUAUCAAGAUCAUUCGCUAAGAUUUGGUAUUGUACUCCGAAAUUGGCGUCUGUAAUUGAAGGAACAUGUAAUGUCAAUUCUAAGGAUUCUACCAACGGAUAUUACCUCAAUGGAGUAUGGGGUAUUUUCCGAUGUUGUGUAACUAAAGACCCAAACGGCAGCAAGCAUCUAAUAAAGCUCCUUUGUCAUUUGAGUAAUAGUAGUUUGUCCUAUAACGGUUGAAGUCGUUUCUUCCCGUUUCUAAGAAUGAUUUGUUAAAAUCGGUUUCAAGAGAAUCAUUCCGGAGAUUUUUACCAUGUGUUAAUCUCUCUCCUUGUUGGGUACAGGUAUGUUCAGCUUCGGAUUUUUGUGUUGAAUUCUCUGUAGAAUUCCUACAGCUUCAAAGUAUUGAAUUUAGUAAAGGGGGUCGAAAAUUGAACUCGUGAUCCCCUAACGGAAAUCGGAGUGAAAUGUUACUUAAUAGAUGAGGCUCAUUGAAUGUUUCAUGAUGAAGCCAAGCUAUAAAUUUUACAUACUGGAAGCAUUUCUGUUUUUAGCUAACAGGUUUUCUAGUGCUUAAGAACUUGACUAGUAUCCUAUGCUAACUACUAUCCUAUACUACACGCUUUUUUACGUAUGUUAAUCACAGGUAUUUAGUGGCACAACUAUUUGACGUUCGAUUCUGGAUGUUGACGGGUCUCGAUUUAUUAUUAGUUUGUCAUCCCGAGACUUUUCGGGACGCAUUUAUUUGGUUUUCAUUAGCCAAGAGAUAGGUUUAUUAUAUUAACAGAGCCACGCGGCUACAUUCAAUGUUAACCUCUCCUAUCUUGGAAGAUAAGAGUAGUUGCGAUAUAUAUUGGACCUAGAAUAGAGGAGCAGCACCUAUUCAUAUAUAGCCCCCAAAGUGUUGUUUGUGUUCGUUAUUCUUACUAGAGCAUUAUUCUGGUUUUCUUUUGGCAUUAAUUCAAAGUAACGGUAAUUAGCGAAAUAGCAUCGUUCUUCUGUUUUUAACAUAACCUUAAGUUUCGUCGGCUGUUGCUGAACGCUACCGAGCCUUAUUCAUUUCGCAUUCUAUUUCUAUUAUUAAAUUGAAGUGGAGAGUUAUGUUAUACUGCAGGUUUGAUAUUAUCGCUUGUAUUUUUAAUAGUAAAAAUUUAAACCCGUCUUGUUCCUAAGAGGCAUACGUAACAAGGCUAGAUAUCGAACUGAAAUAAUUAACCAACGGAAUUGUCGGCUAAUGAAUAAUCAUUUAAACCUUCAACUUCAUGGUUAGUGUUCAGUGCUUGUUAUUUGUUCGAGUCUGUGUGUUUUAUCUCGAUUAAGAAGGCAUUUAUUCCGUUUGCCACUCAACUUGUGCCGUACAGACAUUGUAUUGUCACUAA